CUGCAUUUACACUUUGAUGCUUUUGAUUGGUUACCUAGAAAAGCGGCUGACUAGCCGUGUGAUCUGUCCAAUUUUGCCGAAAAUUUCACGAAAAUAUUAAAAUGAUCAAAUAAAACAAGUGGUUAACAUUUAUUUAAAGGGCCCAAGUUAAUGCAUCGAAUAUGCUGUCGAGAUUCUUAGGAGAAUUUCUUUUAUUUCUCGUACAUUUGAUUGUAAACGUACUUGUUGCUGUUCAGAAUGUUUAUCACCAAUUUUGGGCUAAGAGGGAUGAUUUACCAACGUGUGAGCUGACGAAGAGGGACAUCAGUGUUGUCAUGGAACAUGUGCCAAGAUUGAGAAAGAAGUUGCAUCAUCUGGUAGUGCUGACUCACACGGAGUACCACUCUCUCAGCGAUCUAGCACGCGUAGUGAUCUGGAGUCUCGUGGCCGGGAUACCGUACGUCAGCUUGUAUGACGUCACAGGUAAUCUAAAGCAAGAUGAGGAGAAACUGUUUCAUAAGAUUGAACAGCACAAGAAAGGUGUUCCUGGCUAUAUUAAAUGGGCAAAUAAACCAGAUUUAAAUGGUUAUACCAAUGGUAUGAAUGCACACACAGUGAUUGUCAACAUUUUUAAUUCUUAUGAUGGAAGACCCAAAAUUGCACAAUGUGUGAGUCAAAUUGCUGCAGAGAGUAGUAGUAUAGAAAACUAUAAAGAACUUACAGUAGAAGAAUUGAAUUAUAGACUAAACCUCAUGUACCCUUCCAUUCCAGACCCAGAUUUAGUUAUUUAUACAGGACCAGUGUGCCGUACAAGUGGUCUUCUACCGUGGCAAAUUAGACUUACAGAAUUUAUACAGAUAUCGUUAGACCAUAGUGUAAAUGUUAAGAGUUAUAUAGGUGCUCUGUAUAAGUAUAAUAAAUGUGAUCAAAGAUUUGGUAAAUGAAAGUUUGUAACUAGUGCUAGGCCUAAGUGUUAUGGUUAGGUAAUUAUUUAUAAUUUUAACAUCCCGUAUAGCAAUUGAAAUAAAAUAUCACAAAUUCUGGUAACAAGGUAAAUUAUUAGAAAACUAUUUUAAACAACAAUGCAUGACCUUAUUGUUGUCAGUAAUACUAAGUUAAUGUGCAUUUAGAUUCAUUUCGGAGAAUUCAAUAGUACCUAAAUAGCCAUAUAAAAUUUAUUAUUUUAUACAGCUGUAUUAGCUAUUGAACAGUUGCCUUGCCAUCAGCUAUAUUGGAAUCGCCAGUGUUCAAAAAUAUCUCAACAAUCAGUUUUAAAAUGUUAGUGCAUGUUCACUGCUCAGUUAGUUUUGAGCUCCUUGGCUACUCUGAUAUAUCUGAUCGUGACUGUACUACUUGUUGUAUAUUGGUACCUAUGUAAAACAAUCAUUAUUAUUUAUUAGUCCCAUUAGCGUUCUACUACUUCCAACUUCAGUACUAGGUCAGUACUUGGUAUUGUUAACAAGUCAAACAACAUGUUAAGGCUAAAUUGGUAGGUAUCUUAUCUAUUUAUCUUGAAGAAGGUAAUGUUUGUAACUUCUGUAAGUUUCGUUAGUUUAGUUAGGACUUGUUAUUUACAGUGAACACUACUUGCAUAUGACUUAGACUUAAUUUUUGUAUCAACUGUGAUAUAAAUAGUUCAGCAACCAAUUUUACGUUUCCACAUAUAAAUAGCACAUUAUAUUAACAAAAAUAGCCAAAUAUAAAAGCUUAAUAACA